AUGAAGCCCCACGACCCGCGGCGACGUCCUCCACAAAAGCUGCAGUCGACACCAUGGACGACGAGGGAAGAAACGGCAGAGCCGGAUGAGCCGUUGGACGUGCUUGUCGCCAUUGUCCGCUCUCAGGUGGUUGGGGUGCAAUACUAUGAUGGCCUUGUUGGACCCGGCGAAGAAGUUCGCUUAAUUCGCCAGCCCUUGAAUCAAUACGAUAGAUGGGCCAUUCAAGUCCAGAACAUUGGAUCAAGGCAAGUUGGGCAUCUGCCCCGUGCAGUCGCUGCACAGCUCUCUCCGCUAUUGGAUGCGAGUUUGGUAGUUGCUGAAGGACAUAUGUUUGACGGCAAUCUGGGUUCUCGACGAAAGAUAUACACACUCGAAAUAAUGGUCAAGAUAUACGGCUCGCCGCUCAAAAGGAAUAUUCUUUGGCCAAAGCUCAGAGGUUGGGCAACCCCAACUGGAGGAUUACUUCCUCCGAGUGGUCAAACAUCGUCUGCUUCCGUUGCACCACCACUCCCUCCUCCGCCUACAGCCGGGCCAUCCAAGAAUGCCAAACCCACUGCAGCGCAAGCGGAGGCCCUGCGUCAGGCUCAAGAGCAACAGAAAGCCAACACGCUCAGGGCAACGUUGGACACGAUGGAAAAAGUCGACGAUGAACGGCGGCGCAAUGGUCUCCUUGAUCAACUACUCUCGGCGGAGGACAUUCUCCAACUUCCGGUGUGCCCUGCGGCUCCUGGUAAAGGUAAAGGUCUGCGUGUUGACCUCUUGAAGCAUCAGAGCCAGGCUUUGCAAUGGGCAUUGGAGCGUGAAAAUCCUACCCUUCCUAAGCGUGAGACAGACAAACCAGUGCAAUUCUGGCAGUUACGGGCCGGUGGGGUGUACUUCAAUCUUGCCGCCAAUACUCCGCAGAAAACGCCACCUGUUCUUAGUCGCGGCGCUAUUUGUGCAGACGCGAUGGGCUUGGGAAAAACCCUUACCAUGCUUGCUCUGAUAUUAGCCACCAAGAAACAUGCAUCCCCCUCUUUUUCAAACAGCACGCUCAUCGUUGUACCGCUCAGCGUCUUGAGCAAUUGGGAAAAGCAAAUCGGAGAUCAUUGUGUCCCUGGAGCUCUCUCCCAUUAUGUGUAUUAUGGUCCCAAACGCGAUAUCGGCGCAAAUGAACUCCAACGCUUUGAUGUCGUGAUCACAACAUAUCAAGUCAUCGCCUCGGAGCAUGCGGAAUCCCCAGGGCAUGCGAAGAAAAAAAGCAAGGUACAAAAUACCCUGUUCCAGAUACGCUGGAAGCGAAUCAUUCUGGAUGAAGCUCAUACUAUCCGGAACCCCAAGACCAAAGCCGCCCGCGCAGCAUGCGCCUUUGACGCGGAACGACGUUGGUGCCUUGCUGCAACCCCAAUUAUCAACUCACCCAAAGACCUUGGCUCUCUUUUGACAUUUUUACGAAUUUGCCAACCUCUUGACGACGAGGAUAUGUUCAAGCGACUCGUGCUACGAAAGGUGAAAAAUGGUGACCCAGCUGGCGGGACCCUACUUCGAAAUCUAAUGACAAUAAGUUGUCUUCGUCGGACCAAAGAAAUGCAAGAUGCACAAGGAAACCCUCUCAUACCGUUGCCAUCGGUGGAAAUGAUCAGAGUUCAGAUAGCCUUACCGCCUGACGCCAGAGAAUUCUACGACGAAAUUGAGGAGCUGUCCAGAGAUCGCAUCGCUGACUACAUGCGAAGCGGAAACACCAUGGUGCAGGCUCACAUCCUCAGUAUUCUCACGCGCAUGCGCCAGGCAGUGCUACAUACGGGUCUCGUUCCGCGCAACUACCUCGAGGAACUGCGUCGCGGUGGUAAAGAACCGGAUAAUACUCCGCUGCAAGCGACAGUGUUGACGGCGCAAGACAAAAUUCAACUGCAAGCAAAGCUUGGCCAGGCCAUCGAAGAAUGCACGGAAUGUGCUAUCUGCUUCGAUGAAAUGACAGACCCAAGGAUCACGAGCUGCGGACAUGUUUUUUGUCUUGAUUGCAUCACGCUUGCACUUUCAAAGGCUCAGCAGUGUCCUAUGGAUCGCCGCGCGCUCUCCCUUGGGGAUUUGCAUGCCGCAGAGAUGACUCCAGAACUCACCCAAGCUCCCUUCCGAGAGUCGUCUCCUGACUCGGAAGAAGGCUCUUCUGCAAAGAUCGACCAGCUUGUCCAGUUAUUGAAGUUGACUCCGCGAGAAGACAAGGCGUUAGUUUUCUCUCAGUUCACAUCAUUUUUGGACAAAAUAUCAGAUCGUCUCGAGCAGGAAGGCAUAACGUUUGUUCGGUUUGAUGGCAGGAUGUCUGCAAAACGCCGUGAAGAGACCAUAUCGCAAUUCUCAAUUCCAUAUGACAAUGACGAGGAGGAGGUGAGCGCGCCGACAUCUACAAGGAAAGGCAAGGGGAAGGGGAAGCAGAAGGCGAAAGCUUCGUCUUACUCCGCGCCACACACAACGAAUAAUAUCAAAGUCAUGCUGAUUUCGCUCAAGGCGGGUGCCCUUGGCCUUAAUCUUACUGUGGCAAACCAUGUUUUCUUGAUGGACCCUUGGUGGCAAGAAGGGAUAGAAAGUCAGGCUAUUGACCGAGUCAACCGCAUUGGCCAAACGAAAAAUGUCCGUGUGUACCAGAUGAUCGCCGAGAACACGGUUGAAUCCAAGGUUCUGGACAUUCAAGAGCGCAAGAAGACCAUGAUUAAGGAUGCUUUUUCUGGAUCUCGCCAAAGGGAGACUGCGCGCCAGCAACGAGAGGCCAGAUUGGCUGACCUCGUCGACUUAUUCAACCUUGAAGCUACUCAAGCUGCUCGCUAA